AUGUUCAUGUCGUCACCGGCGGUGAUGUGGUCGGCUCGCCCGGGGCGGGUGGCUGGGCCUCGUCGGUGCGUGCUGGCGCGGGCAUCCUCGACGAUGGCGGCACCGGCGGCGGUGCCCACAGGGAGGACGCACUACGAGGUGCUCGGGGUGAGCGCGGGAGCCAGCAGGGGGGAGAUCAAGACGGCGUACCGGCGUCUGGCCAGGGAGGUGCACCCGGACGCUGCUGGUGGCGGCGGCGACGAGGGGUUAAUCCGGCUGCACGCGGCCUACGCCACGCUCGCCGACCCCAACGAGCGCGCGCGCUACGACCGGGACGUGGCCUGCCGCGCCGUGGGGAUGAUGAUGCAGCGGGCGCCUGCGAUGUCCGGGCCGGCGUUCCGGCGGAGGACGUGGGAGACCGACCAGUGCUGGUAG